GAAAAAUGAAAUGCUAAUCGAAUUUUCCUUUCUGUGAAAUAAUUUUAAUAGUCAUCGAGGUGUCGAAAAAUCGAUUUCAUCGCGUGUGCCGUGAUCAAAUUAAGAGUGUCGACGUUCAACUGUUGGCGAGUUGCGCCGGAUAACUAGAUCGCGGAUUAAUUGGUUCUUUGAACUGGCGAAUAAUGCAUCAGGAGGGUGCGAUGGGUACCAUGGAUGGGUACCAGCAGUAUUGUUAUCAAGGUGAUAGUUGGUAUAGUUCGCCCAUGAAACAGAUCGAGGCCUGUCUUCAAAUCGCCGGCAAAGACCGCAAAGCCUACAGCCCCCUCGCCGAAGCCGACUCUCUGAUCGAGCCCCCCGACCCCGACAACAACAAUCGCCACACAACCCAGAACAAAAACCACAGUUUACACCCAUCGAUAUGUCCCACAUUGUCAAACGCCGGCGCCAUCCUCGAAAUGAAACAUUUAUGGGACGAAUUCCAUUCGUUGGGUACUGAAAUGAUCGUCACUAAAGCCGGAAGAAGGAUGUUUCCAACAUUUCAAGUGAAAUUGUGUGGUUUGGAUCUGCAUGCUGAGUAUAUGUUGAUGAUGGAUUUUGUUCCGGUUGAUGAUAAGAGAUACAGAUAUGCGUUUCAUAGUUCGAGUUGGGUGGUGGCAGGGAAAGCGGAUCCGGUUUCGCCCCCCAGGAUACACGUUCAUCCUGAUAGCCCCGCCACGGGGGCGCAAUGGAUGAAACAAACGGUGUCGUUUGAUAAACUGAAGCUGACCAAUAAUCAACUAGAUGAUAAUGGACAUAUUAUUUUGAAUUCGAUGCAUCGCUACCAACCCCGCUUUCACAUCGUCUACUUACCCUCAAAAACCGCCAAUAACACAAACGAGGAAAAUUGUAGCGAAAAUUUCAAGACUUUUGUUUUUCCAGAAACUGCUUUUACAGCAGUCACAGCCUACCAAAAUCAUAGGAUAACUCAACUAAAAAUCGCCAGCAAUCCCUUUGCCAAGGGCUUCCGCGAUUGCGAUCCGGACGAAACAAGUCCUGAAUCGGUGACACAAUCUUCCCAAGUGCAGCGCCAACGCACCACUUCCCGGUCUACUCCCACCAGCUGCACUAACAAAGUUUACAUUCCUGUAGCAGAUGGCGAGGAAAUCGCCGCCCCCGAGCCGGAGGCGGCGCCGCUUUACAACCCCCAAAACCGCUACCAACAGCAAUCGCUCCUCCAAUCCAACAUUCUGACAACGAUUGGACAACCCUAUUCGGGGGAUUUUAACUACGGACCUGUUUACCACCCCCACAACCUCCUCCACAACUACAACCCCGUCUACAGCAACGACAAAGCGAUGCGAGGACACAAUUUUCCGAGAACUAUGUACUCCAACUACUCGGGGUUUUACCCAAACGCCGGAAACUACCGCAGUCCGGCCCUGCACCAAAACGGAUACGACUUCGGGCCCAGAUAAGCGCCAUUUUAAUCAACACAAGUAUUAUUUUCCUAUUUAUACCAAAUAAAACUAUUCUAUUUUCUA